AUGUACUAUGACCAAUACACCGCUGUCACGUGGAUCGUCGUCCCUUGCUACAUUCUCACCAUUCUCAUUGGUUCGUUUGGGAAUGCGGUCAUAUUGCGUGCCUACUUUACCGACCCAACAAUCCAGAAGAAAACUUACCAUUACUUGUUGGCAAACGGAGCCUUUACAGACCUUGCAAUGUGCUGCGUUUUUACUCCUCUCCUUUUAAUCUACCGCGCCAACGAGCAUGCGCAUACGAUCGAGCUGUCACCUUUAUGCGAACUAGGUCUCUUUAGUUCAACUUUAAGCGUUUCAAUGCAAUACGUGGUCUUCCCACUGCUGAGCAUAAAUCGCCAAGAUGUAGCCUCCCGCCCACUGACUCCGUGGUUGACAAAAAGACAGUGCAAAACGAUUCUGAUUGGUGCGUGGAGCGGAUGCGCAAUCGUAUCGCUCAUACAUGUUGGUAUCCUACAUAUUCCGACAGAUCCCGACGACUCGCCGAAGCUCUACCGAUGUAUACUCGUGAGCCAAAGUUUGGAUCCAUUCUCCGGCGCGUUCUUUGUGUACUCAAUUUUGCUGUACUGCGCAAGUAUUUUUGUUACAGGUAAAUUUCUGUAACUGGUCGAUACCAGACCUGCCACAUGAAUCAAUGGUAAAAAUGUUGGUAAAAAUUUUACUGAUCGUUCAACAUUAAAAAUUCAAAUUUUUCUAUUCCAUCCCUGGCCAAAAAUGUUACAAAAGGAUACCAUUCAGUUGGCACACAUGUCCUUUACCACUUCUGUGACGUGAGUUUGAUAACUGCUUGUGCAAUUUUCUGCAGUCGAAAGUUUCGUGUUGUCUGCACAUGUACUUUCUUUGGAGACACCAUUUGCCUCCUGACAAAUCGGUAAAAUUGUCAAGAUAGUGACUCUGAUUGAUAUUCAUAUUGUAUUGACAUAUCACUAUUUAGUUACUGAUCAAUAUUUGAAUGAGACAUGCUUUGGAAAUGACAAUAUAAAUGUUUAUUACCCAACCCUUGAAUUGUUUUGUUUUUCAUUUACCCAAUCCCGUUUUCUUCGCUGCCGCCCCCACCUCGCCAUAAAUAAUGACCGGUCCCUAAUGAAGUCAAUAAAAUAAAACCUUUUGCAUUAUUUUUCGUUACAGUGAGAUGUUACUUUCAAAUGUAUCGAAGAACGUCGGUCGCAGAGUCGCUGCAUACUGUUCUAACAAACGACGACGCAGGUCGUGCGAGAAUCUGCGUGAUUGUAGCCAUUGUCUAUACCGUGUUCUGGACACCAUUUGUCCUGCUUCAGUUUUAUGGCAUAUUUGGUCAAUACACAGAAGUAGUGUUCAAUUUACAUGCGUUGUCCUCGAUUUUCGGUGUGGCGGCGUCGGCAGUCAGCCCGUACUUGUAUUGCAGCAUGGAUGGUUAUUAUAAACGAAGAUUUGCUGAGAUGGUUAAAUCACUUAAAUGUUCACAAGACGAUGAAAUCUAUGAAAUGGAUGAAUAGUAUAAAUGAGCUAGGAUUGAGUAUCUCCUAACGAGCGAUUGCAGGGCGUUAACUGCAGUAAAAAAUUCGGCGUUAUACGCAGUUUUCACAAUUUAUACGUUUAGCCAGCAAUUUCACAAUUAGUUUAUUUAGAUCAGCCAAAAACGUUAAUUAAGGUUGUUCAAUUUCAGAACUUUGGUCAAGAAAAAUUGGGUAACAGAUAAGUGUUCCAUGGGAAGAUGUCAUGUAUAGCCUAAAAUAUCUAUAUUUGUCUGUUUUUAGUACGCAAAACAAUGUCAGGUGACUUGCACUUCAAAAGUUUCAAUUUAGCUCAGCUGGCGCUAGCUGUACCUUAACUCCGGUCUGAAAUUCCCAAUUCCAUUAAAUUGCCGAUUUUUUUAAAUCUUUUGGGUAACACCCUGGAAUGGAUUACUAUUCAAAGGGAAAGUUCCUAUGUCACUGAUUGGGCUGGAGGUUAUAAAAUGACGGAGUGGAAUGUAUAUAUGUAGUGCUGUAAAAAUUACUUAUUUAGUUUCAAACUACACACAUAAAAACGCACAAGUUGUAACAAACCUGCAGCAGGAUUGUAGCAAUGCUGUUCCAACAACUUGUCAACAGGAUGUGUUCGCACAUGCUUCACACGUAAAAAUCUCACAUCUUGUAACAAGUCUGCCAACAAGCCGUCAACAAGAUGUAUUCGCACUGCUUGUCACAAGUUGUCAACAGGUUUGGAA